AUGGGGGUAGACACGGAGCUAUUGAACAGGGCCAACACGGGCUCCCACACGGCCGGCGCGCCCGCCGCCGAGCAGGAGAAGUCCACCUGGGAGAGCAUGCCCGCGGCGAGCAAGGUCUGCGACGCCCUGGUGAGGCCAUCCUUCGUGGGCCUCCGAGGGCUCGUGCUCGUGCAACGGCUCGGUGCUCCAGCGGAGGGUGAGGAUUUGUUCAGUGGCAUCGGUGGGUUCGCCGUGGCCUUCGCGAAGUUUGCCCGCACCAUCGGGUACUGCGACAACGAGCCUGCAUCUCGUGGAGUGCUGGAGCGGAAGAUCGAAUCUGGUGAACUAGACGACGCACCGAUUUUCGAAGAUGUGAAGAAGCUCCACCCGAAAGAUCUUCCACCAUGUGAGAACGGAUGGGAUGCGGUAGACCUCGUCACGGCGGGCUUCCCGUGCCAGGACAUUAGUUGUGCUGGUUUGCACGCAGGGCUGGCGAAGGGAACGCGGUCGAGCCUUGUGAAACAGGUGGUGCGCCUCAUACGUGAGCUAGGUGGCGGUGGUGCCAAGGCGACACGCAAGAACGUUCAGAACGGCGCGAACAAGAACGUGGCGACUGGUAACAUCCCGUCAUAUGUAUCCAGAACGUUUCUGGCAUCACGAGCAAGUCCACCGAGUACAUGGGCCUGCUGUCUUCCCUGA